CCAGUAGCGCAAAAAUAAACAAAUUUGUUUAGUUAUCAUUAUAAUCAUCAGAUGAAGAUUUUUAUCUAUACACAUUUAAACAGUUUGGUUUCAUCAAACAAUAAUAAUAACGAAAUAAAUAGAAAUAUAAUAACAACAAGAAAUAUUUACAGGCAACAAUCGAUCAAUCAAAUUGAAUCAAAUAUUGAUCCCCAGCAACAACAUCAUCAUUUAUCACAACAACAACAACAUCGAGAUUCGUCGUCAUCCGAACAUCAUUUACAACAACAACAACAUCAACGUGAAGAAAGAUCUGGAUCACGUUCGUGGACAAUCAAACGACCAACAAUGGGUGACAUUCGACGACUUUCUCCACCUGGACUUAAAGAUGAAUUACCACCGAACGAUGAUGAACAGAAAAAUUGGAAAGGUAUCCUAAUAUCAUUGUUGGUUAUAUCGACAAUCUGUUCAUUCAUAUUUCUUUCGAUUGUAUUGAUGACACCACAUAUGGAUUUUUCCAAUAAAAAAGAACCAUUAAAAAUUGAAGAUUUUAUACUUGAAGGUUAUGAAUCAAGAAAUUUUAAUGGUUCAUGGAUAUCAUCAAAAGAAAUUCUUUAUAAAGAAUUAAAUGGUUCAAUUUGUAUUUAUAAUAUUGAAACAAAACAUAAAGAAAUGAUAUUAGAUGGUGCAUUAACGCAUCAAUAUGAAGUACAACGUUUUAUGAUAUCACAUGAUCAUCGUUAUUUAUUAUUAGGUCAUGAUUUUAAACGUACUGGUUCAUAUACAAUACUUGGUCGUUUUACCGUAUAUGAUACAAAAUUACAUACAUUUACACCAUUACGUUUAAAUCAACAACAAAUUGAAAUUGAUAUGCAUCAAUAUGCUAAUUGGAUACCGGAUCAUUCAUUAAUUUUAUUGAUUAAUCGUAAUAAUAUUUAUCUAUUAACACCGUUAGGCGUUAUACAACAUAUACUUACGGAAAAUGGUAAAGAUGAAAUAAUUUAUAAUGGUAUACCGGAUAUAUUAUAUGAAGAACAUAUAUGGAAUAUUGAUAAUGGUAUUUGGCUUAAAUCAUAUAUUGGUGGUUGGAUGAUGAUCUAUUCAACUAUUGAUAAUACACAAGUUGAACAAGUACCAUAUAUUAUUUAUGGUAAAUCAUCAUCAAAAAAUGAAACACAAUCAUAUCAAUCGAUUUAUGCCGAUAAAUCACCUGGUUAUGUUAUGUAUCCAAAACUUUAUUCAUAUCCAUAUUCAAAACCGGGUAAAAAUAUACCACGUAUUUCAUUAAGUGUUACCAAAUUGAAUGAACGAAAUCAAAUUGUAUAUAAAAAUCAACCGGUUACACCACCAUUUGAUCGUCAUGAAUCAGAUUUUAAUGAUCAUUAUCUAUCAACUGGUCCUGUUUGGAUAUCACCAUAUGAAUUUAUUGGAAUAUGGACUAGACGUACACAAGAACAUGCUAUUAUUGGUAAAUGUCGUGAACAAACAGCCGAAUGGCAAUGUGAAAAAUUAAGUGAAGAAAAACAAUUACGACCAGUCGGUUCAUUAGUUUUACAAUCACGUCCAAUUAUAUCGACAAGUGGUGAUCGAUUAUUUUUAAUAUUACCAGUUAGUGAUGGUUUGGCUGGAAUGUAUGAUCAUAUUGCACAGAUUACGUUUGAUGGAAAAAAACAAUUCUUAACACAUGGUCAAUAUGUUGUUACAUCAAUUUUUGCCUAUCGUGAAGAUCUUAAAACAUUAUAUUAUUCGGCAAAUAUUGUUGAUGAACCGGGUAUUCGUCAUAUUUAUUCACUAAGACAUCAUAAUAAUUCAAAUGAACAACAUUUUGUCAAUUGUAUAUCAUGUAAAGUGAAUGCAACUUGUCUUUAUAAUAAUGCACAAUUUAGUCCGGAUGGAAAAUAUUUUAUUCUUGAAUGUUUAGGACCGGAUUAUCCAAUUUUCUAUCUAAUGGAUACAGAAACAGAAAAAAUUAUUGAAAUUCUUGAUACAAAUGAUCGUUUACGUCGAUGGUCGGAUAAAUUAGCCAUACCAAAAGUAAGACAAUUUUCAAUUAAAACUAGUCGUCCAGGAAAUUAUUGUAUAAGAAUUCAAUUAAUAAUACCAUUAACGGUAAAUGAAUUGGAUGAUGCACGUUAUCCAUUAUUGAUCGAAGCAAAUCGUAUGCCUGGUAUACAAAAUGUUAAUUAUUUAAAUAAAAUUGAUUGGUUAAGAUAUUUAUCAAGUCGAAGAGAAUAUAUAACCGCACGAAUUGAUACACGUGGUAGUGGUUUUCAAGGUGAUCGUCAUCAAUAUUCAAUUUAUAAACGUAUCGGUGAAUUAGAGAUUGAAGAUUUAAAAAUUGCUUUAACAUAUCUAAAACAAUUACCAUAUAUUGAUCAUUCAAAAAUUGCCAUUUGGGGUCAAGAAUAUGGUGGUUAUUUAUCAACGGCAUUUUUAGCAUCGGAAAAUUCUGUAGCAUGUGCUGUUGCUGUAUCACCGAUUACAAGUUGGAAAAAUUAUUUGUCAGUAUUUGCCGAAAGAUUUAUGGAAACACCGGAAGAAAAUUAUCUUGGUUAUGAAAAAAGUGAACUAAUGCAAUUAGCACCAUUACUUAAAGGACGAACAUUAAAUCUUGUUCAUGGUACAAUGGAUCGUAGAGUUAAUAUACAACAUACAAUGCAAUUUAUUAAAUCAUUAACAAUGAAUGCUGUACAAUAUCAAAGUCAGUUUUAUCCAGAUAGUGGUUCAUUAGAAACAUGGGAUCUAUUAAUACGUUAUCAUUUUUAUCGUACAAUGGAAGAUUUUUUUGCCAAAUGUUUUCAAGUUGAAGCUGAUGAUUAUGAAGAUGAUCUAAUACCAAUAACUAAAGUUAUUAAAGGAAGAUUUAAACAUACAUAAGCGGAAAAACAAAAAUGAAAAUGAAAAGUUCAUCAUCAAAUCAUCACCAAAGAAGUGUCUUGAUAAAGUGUUUGAUGCACUCAUUGCCCAAUUAUAUACACACCGUUUUGUUGAAUUUUUGCCACCAAGUAUGCAUUUUUCACCAA